AUGGGUGUAGAGCCUGGUAAAAGCAAAAACAAGGCUGCAGGGAACAUGGCUAAGGACAUGAAGUCUGUCUUAGAAGAAAUGUGCAAGGUGCUAUUCAAAACUGCAGAGCAGAUGAAAGACAGGGCAGAGCGUAGACAUUCUAAGGCCCCUGAUUACAAGCAGUCUAGAAAACUGACCGGAAAGUGA